UGGCGAGUUAACGGGAGGAUACAGUUCCAUCUCGGUGAGCAGGCUGAUACCGAUGCGCGGAGAAAGACCUGAAAAGAACGACGAGCACGAGGACGUAUUCUACUAUAUUGCAGCAAAUUUUUUUUCUUGCUCCUAUCCAACUACAAAUUGCUGAAAUAAGAGGAGAACGAUUAAGAAGAAGAUAUAGAAGAAGAAAAAGAAGAUAAUAGCGCCAUUUAUUGGUGGCGCUCAAAUGUGCCUCAUUUGAUAAAGAAAGAUAGAAAGAGAGCGAGAGAGAGAGAGAGAGAGAGAGAGAGAGAGAGAGAGAGAGAGGAAAAGAGCGUUCGCGAGAAGGAGAGAGAAUCAAGUGAAAGAGGAAGAGAAAGAUUUUAACACAAGAGAGACAAUCGGGCUUCCCCCAUAUUUUCCUCUCAAUAUAAAUAUAUGUGUGUGUAUAUGUAUAUAUAUAUAUAUUUCAGCUGCGUAGAAAACUAGUUGAAAGAAACAAUUUUGUUUCUAUGCUCGAAAGAGCACAUUGUGAGAUCCACUCGUGAAAGAAAAAGUAAAAACGACGAAAAUAUCUACAAUAAGUGAAAGUAUACAGGAGUUUAUAUACGGUGUCAUAAAAUUGUAUGCAGAUAUAGAAUCGACAGAUCGUUCUUUUAAUAACAAAACAAAGAAAAAGAGAGAGAGAGAGAAGAUAGACAUUUUUGAAAGAGUAUUAAUCAUAUCAACGUGAUGGGUACCCUGCAACAACAAUCAAUUUUAAAAGGUCGCCAAGUGAACGGGAACGAAGAGGUGGAAUUACUUCACAAAUUGUUCAGCGAGACAGCACGUAGACAUGUCGAUAAUAUUGCAAUCAUUUUCGAAGAUGCUAACGGCGAGGUACGGGAAAUGACCUACAAAAAGUUAGAUAAAUUAACGAAUCGAUUAGCAAGAGCAUUAGGAAAAUAUUCCGAGAAAGUUAGAAUUGAUGGUCAACCUUUGGUAGCCGUUUGUAUGAGACCAACCGAAAGAUUACCAAUAAUUUUAUUAUCGAUAUUGAAAGCUGGCAUGGCUUAUUUACCUUUGGACCCUGAAUUCCCAUCGACGAGGUUGAAACACAUCUUGCAGGAGGCUGAACCAAUGGUGGUGAUCCUCGAGAAAGAAGCGGAUAUUUCGCUAUAUGCCGGGACGAUAACGAAAACUUAUGAACAACUAUUGGACGAAGCUCGAAUGGAAAGCGACGACAUUUUGGAAUAUGAAGAGAAUUCAAAACAAUUGGCUAUCGUACUCUAUACUUCCGGUAGUACAGGAAUUCCAAAAGGUGUCCUGAUACGCCACUCGACUAUCUUGAAUCGAUUGAACUGGCAAUGGCGAGAAUUACCUUAUUGGACGGAAGAGAAUCGUUGCAUCUUCAAAACGGCUUUAACGUUCGUCGACAGUGUACCAGAAAUUUGGGGUCCUUUGUUACAAGGUCGUACAUUGGUCAUUGUUCCCAGGGAAGUAACGAAAAAUCCUGAAAAAUUCGUACAAUCUUUGGAAAAGCACAAGAUUCAACGACUGGUCUUGGUGCCAUCUCUCCUACAAUCUAUGCUGAUGUAUCUUAAAUUACAGAAUAAGCAAAACUCAUUGCCUUCUUUGAAACUUUGGAUUUGUUCCGGUGAGACAUUGUCGAUUUCCUUAGCAGACCAGUUCUUCGUAACCUUUCAUGAUGAUAAUAGAAUGUUGGCAAAUUUUUAUGGAAGCACUGAGAUCAUGGGGGAUGUCACUUACCAUAUAAUGCGCGAUCGUAACGAUCUAAGGAUAUCAGAGAAAGUACCCAUCGGCAAUCCUUUAGAUAAUUGCAUGGUCUAUUUAGUUAACCAAGAUAUGCGUUUGGUGCCUCAAGGAGAAAUCGGCGAAUUGUUAGUAGCUGGUAGAAAUUUGGCAGCUGGCUAUUUGCGAGAUCGAGAAUCUCAUCGAUUUAUGGAUAAUCCAUAUGCGAUCGAUCCAGAAUACUCGAGAGUUUUCCGGACCGGUGAUUACGCAAAAAUCGUUAAAGGGACGAUGGUUUACGAAGGGCGCGUCGAUUCUCAAGUCAAAGUUCGGGGUCAUAGGGUCGAUCUUUCCGAAGUUGAAAAAAUCGUUUCGAGAAUGCCGGAAGUCGAUAAGGCCGUAGUACUUUGUUACAAGCCUGGUGAUUUGUCGCAGGCAUUGCUAGCGUUUAUAACGGUAAAGGAAGAAACUAAGAUCGGUAGUAGGGAGAUCGAAGUUGCCUUACAAAAGAGAAUGCCACUUUAUAUGCAACCUCAGGUUAUAAUCGUUAAUCACAUACCGCUUUUAACGAACGGUAAAACCGAUCGUCAGAUGCUGUUCAAGCAAUAUGAAUCAUCGAAGCUCGUUAAUGAGAACGACGAAAUUGCUAAUUGCGAUUAUACUGGUGUAUCAGAAGAGGAUCUUGCGAAAGCCAAAGUAUUGUUUCCCACGAUUGCAACCGUAAUUGGUGCGAGCAAUCGAGGAACGGUAAAUUUGGAUGGCAACUUUUACGAACUCGGUGGAAAUUCUUUGAAUUCUAUCUAUACCGUUACGAAAUUGAGGGAUCAAGGUUAUUCCAUUGGCAUAACGGAAUUUAUCACGGCUAAAACAUUGGCCGAUGUUUUAAAACUGUUGAAGACUAACAUCAAGGACGAUACUUUAAAAGAGAACAUUGACGAGGAGCGACGACAUUUCGAGAUGUUGAACAAUUCACACAAAGAGGAUGCGAUCAAAAUAAUCACAGAAAGUUUCUAUUCGAAAGCCGAUUUAGAGCAAUGGUUGAUAGAUGACAUAAGCAGAGAGGAUUAUAGAAAAUUGAUGGAAAAGUUAUGGGUGCCAUUGGUCGAAAAAGAUUUAAGUUUCGUCGUAAAAUCGUCUCAAGACGAUCGAGUGAUCGGCGUUAGCUUGAAUUUUGAUCUAUGGGACGAGCCAGAAGUCGAACUUGAGUCAAAAUUGACGAUAGUUUUUGAUUUUCUCGAAUAUUUAGAAAAACCAAUUAGGGAAAAAAAAUUACCGAAAGGCAAGGGGCAGAUAAUACAUAAUUUUAUGAUGGCAACGCAUUCCGAUUUAGCACCAGCGGAAAAUGUUAUAAUUAUGGGAGAAAUGGAAGAAUAUUGUUUGAGAGUUGCCAGGAAGAGGGAAUACGCUGGGAUCUUCACGACGAAUACGAGCCCUUUGACGCAGCAACUUGCUAUAGACGUAUAUGCGUAUGAAACGAUGUUGACCUACCGAGUGAACGAAUAUAUAGCACCGGAUGAUUCAAAGCCAUUCGGUAGGGCACCAGACUCUCAAGUGGCAAUUUGUUCAUUGAAAAUGAUCGACUAGAAAGAUUGUUGCAAUUUAUUGCGUGUAAAUAGCUUAGGACUGCCCUGGUACGUGUACGAGCGACAUCUUGCAGAGAUUUUCACUACUUUUUUGUGAAAUCUUCGCGGUAAUACAUCCUAUAUUUUUUGGUUAAUAUUUUAAAUAAAUAAAUAAAUAAAUAAAUAAAUAUACGUAUAUAUAAAAAGAUCGCGGACAAAAAAUACUUAUGACAAAUACGCAUCGCAUUAACUAUUAAGAUUAUGCAAAAAAGUAGAUAAAGAUGGCUGUAAUUAAUAUCGUUUGGAUUUAAUUUUUUGUCAUAACCAAAAAGCUGUUUUCAUAGUUUCAGAUUGAUUUUCUUUCAUUCCCAAAAAAUUCCUUUUUAUCAAAUACAAGCAAAAUAUCGCUCUUAAUCUGUACACAAAUAUGUAUAUAUCUAUAUGUAUAUCUAGGUAAACGAAUCUAUGUCAUAUCCUUUUUCUUUUUUAGUCAAACUCGCGAACACACAUAUUUGAUAAUUUUUCUAGACGCUAGAUUUAGAGAUUAAAUUAUUGUAUCUUAUUUAAAUAUGUAAUAAAAGAAAAACAAAUCA